CUUCCUUUUUCCAGUUGGCGAUUCACGUUUUACCUUCUUGCUUUCAUUGCUGGCAUGGCUGUCAUAGUGGAUAAGCCGUGGUUCUACGACCUCCGGGAGGUGUGGAAGGGGUACCCCAUCCAGAGCAUCCUGCCCUCCCAGUACUGGUACUACAUGAUCGAACUCUCCUUCUAUUGGUCACUGCUCUUCAGCAUCGCUUCUGAUGUCAAGCGCAAGGACUUCAAGGAACAAAUCAUCCACCACGUGGCCACCAUCAUCCUCAUCAGCUUCUCCUGGUUUGCCAACUACGUCCGUGCCGGGACGCUCAUCAUGGCCCUGCACGACUCCUCUGAUUACCUGCUGGAGUCAGCCAAGAUGUUCAACUACGCCAACUGGAGGAACACCUGCAACAACAUCUUCAUCGUCUUCGCUGCCGUCUUCAUCGUCACCCGUUUGGUCAUCCUGCCCUUCUGGAUCAUGCACUGCACCGUGGUUUACCCCCUGGAGCUCUACCCGGCCUUCUUUGGCUACUACUUCUUCAAUGCCAUGAUGGGGGUACUGCAGCUGCUGCACGUCUUCUGGGCCUUCCUCAUCAUCCGCAUGGCACACAAGUUCAUAACUGGAAAGGUAACGGGG